AUGCUGCAAAUUUGUAUAUUUAUAGGUCCGACAGACACAGCUACUUCACAACCCGAAAAUUCAGGCAGCAAAUCUUCAUCAUCAUUUGGUCCCGGAAUAAUUGCCGUUAUUGCUUUGGUAGCUGUGUUAAUCAUUGUUGUUGCGGUGGGGUUAUUCAUUUAUUGGAAAAGUCGUAGUUUAGUCGGAAUCCCUACGGGUGGCUCAUCAGCACCUCUAUAA